AUGGGGCAGGGCACAGAGUCUGGGACUCAUGCAGUGAAGACUGAGCACAGUGGGUGUCCCCACCUUAGGGAAGCAUCUUCACUGGGAAUUUCUUUAGGCGCGUCGGGCCCAACUAUUGAGCUUUUUGGAGCUGUUGAGCCUUUUAUUCGGUAA